CAUUUUACAAAUCGAAGAUGUUACGAAUAAGAAGAGCGCUGUUUCACAACGUCCGAAUAGUAGAAAUAUGUCUGCAGUUCUGGGUGACCGAUGUUGCGAGAGACGCAUCAGAGACGCUGUUCCCGACCACAGAGUCCGGUAGAGUGCGGGGUCCCGGUGUGAUCGGCCGGCGGCAAGCCGCCUUGGUCUACGCUGGGGCUUCCGGUGACAAUGGCCUGACUGCCUCCAGUGAGGCCGAUGAGGCCAAGUGGCUGCUGAAUGCUGCCGAGGCCGCAAUGGAUGAGGAGGAGCGUCGAAGGCUCCAGGCCUACCUCCUGCAGAUGGCACAGCAGGCUCAGGACGUCCACCUCCAGGCCACCCUCCUACGGAUGACCACCACCGAGGAGAAGCACGCCUCACUGCUGCUGGCUGCUGCAGAGGCCGCCAGGGAGGAGGAGGAGCGUCGGAGGCUCCAGGCCUGCCUCCUGCAAAUGGCUCAGCAGGCCCAGGAGGUGCACCAUCAGGCCAGCCUCCUCCGGAUGACCACCACCCAGCGCUCCGCCAACACCCAGGCACAGAAGGAGAGAGAGGACAAGGAGAGGGAAAAGGCAGAGAAGCAGAGGGCCAAAGAGGAGAAGAGGGAGGCUGAGAGGCAGAGGAGGAGAGUGUGGCGUCAGAGAAGAGCGAGCUGUUGCAGCUGUAUCCUCCUGUCCUGUUUCAGGAGGCCUGCAACGGCCGACUGAACUCUCUCUGUCCCUGUGUGCCUGUCCCCUGUCCUCCCUCUUCUGUCCCUACCUGUCCCCUGUCACCCCUCUUCUGUCCCUAUGUGCCGAUCCUCUGUCCUUCAUCCUCCCUCUUCUCCUCUCCCUGUUCUCCUCUCUCUCCCUCUUGUCUCUGUCAUCUGUCCCCCCUCUACAUCCAUAUUCAUGGUCACCCGGACGUGCAACCCAAACGCAGGCCCUCCUAGAACAAAGUGACCCAAAGUUCAUGAACACCAUAGCUGGAUUGGCCAUAAGGGAUACAGAGCAUUUGCCCGGCGGACUGUUGAUGAUUUUGGCCUGGUCUUCCCCUCAGUGUAGUAUCAGUCCUCUUGCUGCUACAACUGACCUGUCCGAGUCCAAUUUGAAUAUUCAUUUGACCUGUUGUGUUCAAAAUAGCUCGUGGUGGGUGACUAAAAAUAUUGUCACAGGCUUCAUUGUCUCUCUCUGUGCCUGGUGGACCGGUCUUGGCUGAAUAUGCCCGACCUGAUUUUUUGUCCCAGGCCAGCCCUGAUGAACACUCUUGCUGUUUCAUUGAAAGGCUCUUGCCCACUAGCGUUCGUUAUACCGAGGCGUGGCUUUACAGUAGACUAGACAUAGGAAGUUGGUCAAGCAAUUUUGUUCUUUAAAGUAACUCCAGUCCUUGGCCAAGGAUUGAGUUGUCAAGGAACUGUUUUUUGUGCUGACAGCAUUAUUGACCCAUUUUGUAAAAAGCCAAAUAGGCUAUUACAUGUCGCUAUUUCCAUGUCGGAAGCUCCACGCCUCCUCGUGAGAAGCUGUUUUGACGGGAGGACUAUAAACACGCACCAUGCAAAAAAGUCUUCAUAAUGCACACUCGGGGGGCCCUAGGCUGCAGCCAUAUCCAGCCUGUGCAUUUAUCCGGCCUUGCAUGUCCACCUGUCUUCCAAGUUGUCCCCCUUUGUACCUGUCCCCUGUGUCCUGUUUCUGUGUGUGCCUCCUGCAUUCCAUUGUGUCUUCCCUUCCCAUGUUUUUCCCACCAAUAAACCC